UACUUUCACAAUGGCCUCUCCGGGUCUUGAACUUCUGUUCAACAGCAUAAAAAGUCAACUCAAGUCAAGUCAGGAUGCUUUGAUUGCUGUUUUUCAUUGGGAGUUAAUAUCGAACGGUUUUAAAUGUCUGGGAAAUGGAGAAGAGAAGUCAAGUAAUGCCACGGAGAAAGCGUCAGAGAGUUUGCCUGCUGGCUGGAAUUCCACCCCAGACUUUUAUGCCAUGCGUUACACAUCAAAAAAUGAGAAAGAUGCAGUGUACAUCCUGAAAGUUAUUCGGAUUGAUGAGGACUUCUUGGUCCAUUUCAUGAAAGCUGGGACAGACGUUGUAGAGAGUUUAAAUGUCAGGACAUCAGAGUACACAACUGGAAGUGUGGAAUCUUAUGAUGGAGCAUACAAACAGCUGGAUGAACUCUGUUCCCUAUUUAAAUCCACUGUUGUGGAUCCAAUACUAAAACCUCCAAGUAGUAGUCAACCCUCCACAAGUCAGGAAAGGUCAAGGACUCAAAGGUCAAGGUUAGAGGAUGAUGACCCACUCAGAGUUCCUCCCAGAAGACCUCCACAGAGAGCACCUGGUGGUUGGAAUGAACCAGAUGACCCUUUCUCAAUUGGAAGGGGUGACCUUGACCCAUUUGCUGCAGGAAGAGGAGGAGGAAUGGUUUUUGACCCCAUGAGAUCGGGCGCCAUACCAGGAAUGCGACCUGAUCCCAGUGCAGGAUUACCUAGGAGGCUCCCUCCGGGAGCUGUACCACCAGGUGCCAGAUUUGAUCCCUUUGGACCACCAGGAACAGGACCAGGUCCAGAUCCUGACCACAUGCCACCCCCAGGAUAUGAUGACAUGUUUAUGUAGGAGAUGACACAGAACUAAAUUCAAUUUUAAAUUAACUUUUCUUCCUGGAAACCAUUUUGUGUUGUCCUGAAUUGGAGCCAUUGAAAGGAGGUACCAACCUGUAAAUUUUUGGAAGGAUGUAAAUAUAAUUGUGGUGCAUGAUUAUGGAUUUCUGUUUAUGGAGGGGCCCAUUCUAAACACACCAGUGUAGUAGUUUUUGAAGAUCUGUAUUUCAAAAAAUGCAUCGACACUUUAGCAGUGAGUUACCAUAAUAAUGUUUUUUUUAGAUAUAUUGAAAUUUUUUUUCUCUUUUUGUUUGUUGCUGAGGUAAGAUCAAUAAAGAGCUAUGUUCUAAUGAACAUUUAUAUUUGCCCUAUGAAUUAUGGAACACUGUUUUAUUGUCUCUGUGUACAUUUUGCAAUUUAAAAAAAAAAGGCUUAAAUGAGCAGGAAAAAUCAAUUUGUCCCUAAGGGGAAUCUGUAUUGAUAUAAAAAGCAAUAAGUGUCAAUAUUCUCAUAAUAAAUGGACAGCAUAUUGAUUAUUAAAGCAAAAAGACAACAAGAAA